AUGUGGAAACUUCACGUUUUAUUAGCCAUUUGCCUUGCGACCGCUGAGGCGCUCCCGCAAAAGGGGAGGAUAGUCGGCGGAUCAGUGGUCAACAUAAGCCAGUACCCUUUCGCGGCCGUCCUCUUAGUGUCGUAUAACAAUGCGGCCUUCCGACAAGACUGCGGUGGACUCAUCAUCAACAACAGAUCCAUCAUGUCCGCCGCCCACUGUUGGGUGGGAAAGAAUCCUCGGUUUGCAGUCCGAGUCGGUUCAACCAACGCAAACAGUGGUGGUGCUUUCCAUUACGUAGCAAGACAUAUCACCCAUCCCAACUACAAUAUUGGUACAUUUAUGAAUAACGAUAUUGGAAUUGUGCGCUUGUCAACUGCAAUUUCAUUCGGAAACAAUGUCCGAGCUGGAGCGAUUGCUGGAUCGAAUUUUAAUGUCCCGAAUGGCGCCAACGUUUGGUCAAUUGGAUGGGGUCUUAUGAGUUGGGGAGGACAAUUGUCUGAACAACUACGCCAUGUUCAACUCAGAACAGUAAGCCAGAGUGAUUGCCAGAGAGCUUACGUUUCUAAUACGAUCAAUGAUAACAUGCUGUGUGCGGGCUGGCAUACGGAUGGCAGAGGUUCCUGCACCGCGGAUUCUGGCACACCUCUGCUUCUCAGCAAUACAGCUGUAGGUGUCACUUCUUUUGGCACUGGGUGUGGGGAAGCGCGCUGGCCUGGCGUUUAUGCAAGGGUUUCCAGAUACACUAGCUGGAUUCAAGCUAAUGCCUAA